AAUAUACUGGAUCCUGCGUACAAAUCAAAGGUUUUUCCACCAUACAAACACUUUGAUUAGGAAAGAAUUAGAUUUAGUUUCUAUAUAUACAUAUCUAUAAUAUAAUAAACUAAUAUGGAUAAUUUCAAGAUACCAGUGGAGGUGGAUCCAACUGAAGAUACAGAAUGGAAUGAUAUUUUAAGAGAAAAGGGAAUUAUUCCUCAAAGACCACCUUCACCAACAGAAGAACUUGACAACAUGUUGGAAGAAGCAGUAAGAAAGCAACAUGAAAAUAGACUUGAAAACAAAGAUAUGGAUGAAUUAGAUGCACUUGAAGAAGAAGAAGAUGAAGAAUUUUUAAAUUUCUAUAAACAAAAACGGAUGAAACAAAUUGAAGAACUUACCAAAAAACAAAAAUUUGGAUCAGUUUACCCAGUCACCAAACCAGAAUACAAAGAAGAAGUUACCGAUGCUUCUAUGGAUAAUUUUGUAUUCUUACACAUGUCACUUAGUUCUAAUUUACAAAGUAGACUUUUAUCAGCAUUGACGAGUCAAUUAGCAUCCAAAUUCCCAGAAAUCAAAUUUUGUGAAAUUCCAGCUAAUAGAUGUGUUGAAAAUUACCCUGAAUCAAAUUGUCCAACCAUUAUCAUAUACCACAAUAAAGAUGUCAUCAAACAAUACGUGACACUUAUGCAACUUGGAGGUAAUGAUGCCAAACUUGCGGAUUUGGAACGCGUCUUGGUUGCAGUAGAUGCGGUUAAAGAUUCAGACAAACGUUUACUUUCAAAUCAAGAAGAUGAAGAUCUUGAAGAGGAAAGAAAAAUGAGAUUUGUAAAGAAAUCUGUAAGAGGUAGAAGUAAUUACUAUGAUGAUGAAGAAGAUGAUGAUUUUUAUGAUUAAACCAAUAUAUAGAUAGGGAAGGAUAGAGAAUGAUUAAAUUUUGAAUAUAGAGCUUUCACUUAA